AAUCCAGAGAUUACUAUUAGUAUAUGGUACAUAGAUAAAAGGUGGCUUGUCAAACAAAAGUGUCACCUAUGUAUCAUGCAUACGAUUUUGAUUUACAUGUCUAAAAUUAGCUUUCUAAAGAUCAAUCAGUGCUUGUGCAUUCUAUGAACCAUGAUGAAUCCAAUGGAAAACUGAAUAUUUCUCUAUAUGCUGAUAUCUUGAUUUUAUUCUCUUCAUUUCAUUUAUAGGACAUCAGAAAUGAUGUUUAUAAAUCCUGGGCCUGUUUAUUUAUUCAGUGUUUACUAGUACCGUUUGUGGAGAGGUACAGCUAGACUUUAAAUCUGUAAUGACUAUGUUUACCAGUUAUGAUCCACAAGGCUGCCAGAAGAAAUCUGUUAUGUUGUUGGUUUCUUUAAAAUUUAUACUAUAUAUCCUCAUUUGAUAUAUAUAUAAGGGAUUUUUGGAUGCCAGCAAUUGUAUCUCUCUAAAUUUCAAUUUGUUUAUUAUUGCACCUUUUUGCACAUAAAAAUGUUAACCCAAUCAUUGUAAAUGUAUCAUUUUCUAGAGGUUUGUUUUUAUCAUUUGAACCCAAUCCAGACAUGAUUUUAUUACAUGUCACUACCUUAGAUCCUGAAUAUUGACACAGGAGCCCUGUGUAUAUCAGGUAGUUUACACAUGUUGUGCCUGUAUAUUGAUAAUUUUCAAGGUGGAGUUGCUCACUCCUUUUGUACACAGAAUGUACGUGCACUACGCCCUGAGUUUGAAGUCACCACUGCAUUAUUCUGUACUUUACAAAUGCAAAUAAUCACUGUUGACAAAGUUUGUGUAACAUAUUUGCCUGCAGUGUCUCCUUCAAAUGUAGCUGCCAGGUUUAUUAAUAUACGUAAAAAGCAGGACAGUAUUUCAUUUUGUUCGUCAAAGAUGAGGUGUUCCCGCUGCCAUAAGUGCCUCUCCAGCUGGUACUUUGAGAAGAAUGGGGAGCUGUUUUGUAAGCAGGACUAUUGGAGCCUGUACGGAGAUUCCUGUAACAGAUGCGGCCUGAUCAUCACCGGGCCAGUCAUGGUGGCAGGGGACCACAAGUACCACCCCGAGUGUUUCCAGUGCCACAACUGUGACACUUAUAUAGAGGAUGGACAAACUUACGCCCUGGUGGAGCGAUCCAGACUCUUUUGUGGAGAGUGCUACAAGACAAGAAUGAGGCCAGUCCUUAUCUCCUCCCCCAACCAUAACAAGGGAGUGCACUCCAUUCAACUGAUAGAGGUCCCACCCACCCCCGAGGGACAUCGAAGUCUGAGGUACUCACUGGAGGGGCGUGACUGCCAGCAAAGUCCACAGGUCCCCGAGAGCUCUGGUACUGUUCCACACUUACAGAUUUCAGAACUUGACACCAGCUUGAGUCCAGGACUGGAUGUUCUGAGUGUUGGAGAUAAGAUCCUGGAAGUGAAUGGCAUGCCAGUAAAAGAGAGCUCUCCCGAAGAGAUUGAUCAGAUAUUACAAAAUACCAAGGAGACUCUACAUCUGACACUAGAAAGGGGAGCGUCCCCUUCUGUACCCAGGAGGCUGACCGAAUCCCAGGGUGACAGUUUCUACCUAAGUCCUGAUGAUUCACCUGUCUUAAAUGUUGAAAGUCUGUCGACAGAGAGAAUCAUCAAUGGAGUCAGUGUGAAAAUCAGAGCCAAAAGGGAUCAAAUGAAUAAGAACCCAUCAAGGAGAAGGAGCAAGUCUCCCUCCCCACUGCCGUCGCGGACCAAGUGUGUGGACCUCACUCGAGCAUCCUCCUUUAAGACUCAGCCCACUUCCCAUCGAGUGUUCAGGGCCACUGAUCUUCUUCAUGGAGAGGUGCUGGGGAAAGGGUUCUUUGGUCAGGCUGUGAAGGUGACACACAGGGUGACCGGGGAAGUCAUGGUUCUGAAGGAAAUGUACCGAUUUGAUGAGGAAGUCCAGAAAAGCUUCCUCAAAGAGGUCUCUGUGUUAAGAAGUGUCAACCAUCCACAUGUGCUGCGUUUUAUGGGAGUUUUAUAUAAAGACAAAAAACUGAAUCUGGUCACAGAAUAUGUGUCUGGUGGUACUUUGGGGGAGCUGCUAAAGGACGACUCCAUUUCCUUAUCCUGGAAGCAGAGAGCCGUUUUUGCAAAAGGCAUAUCAGAAGGAAUGGAAUAUCUGCAUUCUCUGGGAAUCAUUCACAGAGACCUCAAUUCCAAUAAUUGUUUCGUCAAAAAUGACAUGACUGUGGUUGUUGCUGACUUCGGAUUAGCACGAGUCUUGCCUGACCAAUACCACUAUCCUGAUCAGGUUAAAUCAGGGAAAACUAAACGUCGCUAUCAGCGCAAGAAGCGAUAUACCGUAGUGGGUAGUCCUUAUUGGAUGGCUCCGGAGAUGUUGAAGGGCAAAAGUUAUGAUGAAAAAGUGGAUCUUUUUUCCUAUGGAAUCAUUGUUUGUGAGAUGCUUGCGAGAGUGGAAGCAGAUCCAGACAUUUUACCCAGAACAAUAACCUUUGAAUUAGAUGUUAAACUCUUCUUCCAAAAAUUUUGCUCAGAAAAAGACUUCCCUCUUCCUUUCUUCAAGAUUGCAAUCAUGUGUUGUCAAGUUACUCCAGAAAACAGGCCAAGCUUUGACAGAGUGAGCAUAUGGACAGAGAGUCUGUUAGUGAACCUAGAGCAUGGUGGGACACUGCCCCCAGAGCUACAAGGGGAUCCAAUUGAAUAUUAUUAUGCCGUCAGAGAAGGCAGAGCACCAGAAAGUAGGUCUCAGUGCGAGAGUAGGUCUCGUAAAUCAUUGGACACAAUCACGGAACAGAACAGGGAGUCUUUGAAUAGACAGGCCCUGCCUAAAAAGUGUGUGAUUGAAAAUAUCACGGAGAAAUCCAGUCAGUCAUUCGUUAGAGACCGAAGCUAUAGUGAUAAUUCGGUGUCCAAAUCUUGUGAUCUUUUGUCAGUGGCCUGCUCCAACAUUGAGGAGUCUCUGAGUGACGUUGAUUCUCCUGUGGAUGGUGUGUCCACCAUUUUAGAUAAACUGAAUUUCCAGGAAUGCACUAGUGACAUGGAGCUCUCCUCCACGUUUGGGGAUACUAAAUUUUCUCUUCCAGUGAACAUGACCUCUUUGAGUGACACUGAAAUUGACAGUCCUAAUGAUCAAGUUCUAAAACGCAGAAAACAAAACCCUCCAGAUUACCUAACCAGCAAUCAUACAGACAAUGAGCAAAUAUUUGACAUUGAUGAUAUAAAUUUAACGGAAAACAAUCUGGUCACUUCCAAUCGCAGAAAUUGUUUAAUCAGUGAUAUGCAGACAGCUUUGUUUGAAAAUAAACCACAAAUUGAGGUGACACACUCUGGAAGUGAAGGCAGAUUAAGACCAUAUUAACAUUUCUCUAUACUGUUGAUACCCAGAAGAUACCAAAGUCCUAUUUCUAUGCUUUUUAUUUGCUUUUAGAGAAACCUGUCAACAUGAUGUAUUUUUGAUGUUGUAAGAUUUUUAUGAUGUUAAAUGUAAGUGGUUAAAAGGUGAUAUCUUAUAUUUCAAGGUCUGUAUUUUCAGAGAACUUGCCAUAAGAAAUUAUAUAAUGUGUGAACAACCAUACCAUGUGUUAUUUGAUGAAAGAAGAAAACUAGAUCUCUCAAAAUGAUUGUAAAUUUCAUACAUGCAUGUUGAUCUUGUCAUCAUAACUAUAACCAGUUUUAUGAAUUAAAAAAAAAAUUUGAUGUAAAUGUAUCUCGUGCUGAAACAUGUCAAGUAAAACAAUGCUACAGUAAGCAGGCACAUCAGGAAUUCACACAGUGAAAAGUUGGUUCUAUGUCUCUAGAUUAAAAUGUGUAAUGUAAAAUGUUUGGAUAAAUCAUUACAUUUAUAACUCAUCAAAAUCUUUUGUCUCUGACAUUUAGCUCUACUAUUGUUUUACUGUAAACAGGUUAUUUAGUUAGCUUGCCAAAACCCUAAAGUCAUUUUAUGUGGAAGGAAGAAAUUUCAAUUUUGCAAUACAUUUCCAUAGCAACUUUCAAUGGCAUAUCAAUUUCCAAUUUGUUGCUUCCUUUAUUCAUUGGAUUGUUUAAAUGGUGUACUUUUUGAAGAUGAGACCAGAGGUUUUUCAUUCCAUUUACUGGGUUGCUUAUAAUACUGAUUUACUCCGGCACUUUUGGAGUUCAACAUGUAUACUUUUGUAUUGAUAAUGUUGUUAUUUUCAAUCGUUUUAUCACAGAUAUACAUGUAUUUUCAUUAUGGGAAACCCAGAAUUCAUAUAUAUGAUAGAAAAGAACAAUGAAAUUAUGAUGGAUUAUUCUCGUUUGGAUAUGAUUAAUUCAGAGAUUUGUAAUGGAAUAUUGAAUUGUAAUACAAGAUCAUAUGUUAUACCAGUGUAUUGAUAUACUAGGAUGAACCAUACUUACAUGUGCAUUUUUUCGCGAUGCCUAAUGCAUUGUCUGCUAAAAGGAGGGUGGGGGUUAAAAAUAUGAAAGAAACUAAACUAUGUAGGGAACUUUGAGACUUGUGCUUUAUAACAUUCCUCCCUUAUCGUAGUCAUGAUCAAUGGUCUUGAUGUGGUUUAAGAGAAGUGCUUCAAGUAUUUAUAAACAUCAAAAUAGUUGGUGGGUCCCGAUACAAAUAACACAGAUUAGUUCUGGUGACCAAAUAUGUAAAGUGGUUUUAGCCUAAAAUAUUGUUCAAUUUUGAGAGAAUGCAAUAAAAUAAACCAUCAAAUUUUAUUAUUAAAUUUAUUUUUUAAAUGAUGGAACAGAUCUACUGGCAUCAGCU